UGUUGGUCUACUGACUUCUGGCUCCUAACCUGGGAGGUUAAAGUGCAUAGGACUAGUGCAGGGUCAGCCCAGGGCAGGGCAGGGCUGAACAUGGGCAGGAGGGCUCCAAGCAGUAACGCCCGCCCUCGCUUCCUGUAGCUGCCCGCGCCGGUAAUUCUUCUUUCGGUUGGUAUACCAGCACCGCCUCCCACAAGGCGGCGCCCGGAUAUCUCACAACCAUAGAGUUUUACAACUCUCCUCCCCGGUAUUCAAUCGUCGGGGGAAGCUUAAGUUGAGAGGUGCCUCCGGGUCGUGGGGGGAGAUAGAGCGGCCCUCCUGCCAGCCUGCGGUUUUCAUCUUCAGGCGCCUGCGCGGAUCGCGGCGGGGUCGGCUUCAGCUUCAGAUAUGGCGGCCUCCAUGAUCUUCAGCCGGCUCUCUGCUGCCGCGGUACUGAGGAGCCACGGGCCCCAGACGGCACUGCGGGCCGCCGCCAAGGUGCUGGGAUGUUCUGGACUGUUGAACAGUCAAGGCUUCCAGCUACAGCAGCAGCAGCAGAGGAAUCUCUCGUUACAUGAAUACUUGAGUAUGGAAUUGUUGCAAGAAGCUGGCAUCUCUGUUCCUAAAGGACAAGUGGCAAAAUCACCAGAUGAAGCAUAUGCAAUUGCCAAAAAAUUAGGUUCUAAAGACGUUGUGAUAAAGGCACAGGUUUUAGCUGGUGGCAGAGGAAAAGGAAUAUUUGAGAGUGGCCUCAAAGGUGGAGUGAAGAUAGUUUUUUCCCCAGAAGAAGCAAAAGCUGUUUCUGCCCAGAUGAUUGGGAAAAAGCUAUUUACCAAGCAAACAGGAGAAAAGGGCAGGAUAUGCAAUAAUGUGUUGGUCUGUGAACGCAGGUAUCCCAGGAGAGAAUACUACUUUGCAAUAACAAUGGAAAGGACAUUUCAAGGUCCUGUGUUGAUUGGGAGUGCUCAAGGUGGUGUCAACAUUGAGGAUGUUGCAGCAGAGAAUCCUGAAGCAAUAUUUAAGGAACCUAUUGAUAUUGUAGAAGGCAUCAAAAAGGAACAAGCUGUCAGGCUUGCACAGAAAAUGGGAUUUCCUUCAAGUCUUGUGGACUCAGCAGCAGAUAACAUGGUCAAGUUGUAUGAACUAUUUUUGAAAUAUGAUGCAACCAUGGUAGAAAUAAAUCCAAUGGUAGAAGAUGCGGAUGGAGGAGUGCUGUGUAUGGAUGCAAAGAUCAAUUUUGAUUCCAACUCAUCUUAUCGCCAAAAGAAAAUCUUUGACCUGCAAGACUGGACUCAGGAAGAUGAGAGAGACAAGGAUGCAGCUAAGGCAGAUAUCAACUAUAUAGGCUUAGAUGGGAACAUAGGGUGUUUAGUAAAUGGUGCUGGUUUGGCUAUGGCCACAAUGGAUAUAAUAAAACUUCAUGGAGGGACUCCAGCCAAUUUUCUUGAUGUUGGGGGUGGCGCUACAGUCAAUCAAGUGACACAAGCAUUUAAACUUAUAACUUCAGAUAAAAAGGUACAGGCUAUUCUAGUUAAUAUUUUUGGAGGAAUCAUGAGGUGUGAUGUUAUCGCACAAGGUAUAGUCAUGGCAGUAAAGGAUUUGGAUAUUAAAAUACCUAUUGUGGUACGGUUACAAGGUACACGAGUUGAUGAUGCUAAAGCAUUGAUAGCAGAUAGUGGACUUAAAAUUCUUGCUUGUGAUGACUUGGAUGAAGCUGCUAAAAUGGUGGUAAAGCUCUCAGAAAUAGUCACCUUAGCCAAACAAGCUCAGGUGGAUGUGAAGUUUCAGUUACCAAUCUGAUCUGGGACAGCUAUGACUUACUGAAAGUGUUCAGUGUUCUUUAGUCUUUCAAAUACUGUGCUCUGUGGUUUUUUCCUUUUCUUUUGUGUAGUUGGAGGCUUUAAUUGCCUUCUGGGCACCCAAACUUUAAAUAUCUUAUCUACAUUAAUUUUACCAUUCAGAAUGGUCAAUUCAUGUAAAGAAAAUGUAAUGCAGCAGUCCGGUUUCUUUUGUUGCAGCCUCCUUCAGCUUUUGCUACAAAAUGUCACUUGCAAUAUGCCUGUUUAUUAUCAUCAGAUACAAAGCUUUUCAGUUGAUAAUGGAAUGAAAUCUAAAGAUAAACUUUUAUUUCUUCUAGUCUUAGUGAUAGCUCCAAAAAGUAGUCUCAUUAAUGGAAAACUGUAUUGAAAUAAUGUUUUAUAUCAGAGACAUUUAUCUUCAAUACCUAUCAAAAACCUACCAAUCAUUAUUUAUAAGCAAUGCUUUCAAACACUCCCCAGAAUGUUAAGUAUUUCAGUGAAGUGACUGAUUAAUUAUUUGGAAAUCAUAUUUUAAUCACUACAAAAUACUGUAGCACUUCAAGUCUCAUGAUUUUGUGGUGCUGUUAAUAAGCACUAUGUAGUUUUGUAUAUGAACAAAUAAAGCAUAUUUACUGAGGGCUUAGCAAACAAAAGAAUGCCAAUUUAAGUUAAUAAAAGUCUCCCAAAAUG